AUGGACACCAAGAGACGGAAAUUGGACGAUCCUGUGACCAUCGAGUCUCUUGCGGAGUCUCUUGAUAGACCCCGCUGGCUGAAGCUUGUUCAUGAUUCCCCAUCAGUAGAGACGUUUGAGGCGUAUCUCAAGGUGUUCUUCAACGACGGUGAGGUUUGGAAAGAGUACAUCGAACACGAAAUGGCCAAGAACGACGACGCCAAAGUGGAGGCGCUAUUUUCCAGAUGUCUCACCAAGGUGUUUGACGUUGAGCUGUGGAAAGUGUACCUGAGGUACGUGAGGAAAGUGAACGAUAUCGUUACUGGAGGAGAACAGGCCAGGGCAGUGGUAAUGAAAGCCUAUGACUUUGCCAUUGACAACAUGGGAUUGGACUUCAUCAACGGCCAGGAAAUAUGGGACGAGUACUUCCGUUUUCUGAACGAGUGGAACCCCGUUUCGAGUAUCGAGCAGUCAUCCAAAAAUGCGCACCUUAGAUCUUUAUAUAGAAAGCUCAUCGGCACUCCUCUUCGCCAACUAGACCAAAAUUGGAGAAAGUAUCUGGACUUUGAAAACGAAACGGACCAGGUGAACGCCAGGCGUCACAUCAACGAGAAAUCGCAAGAAUACAUGAAGCUACGUCCUUUGAAUCAAGAGCUUAUAAACCUCACCGCUUAUUUGCGUCCAUCGGACGAGGCAAAAAACAGCCGCAACCAGCUUGAACACUGGAAACGUUGGAUUGCAUGGGAGCGCAGCAACAAGCUCAAUUUACCUCAAGAAUCAGUGGAAAAGAGAGUCAACUUCGUGUACAGACUGUCUACCCAGUAUCUGCGAUUCCAGCCAGAAGUGUGGUACAACUACGCUGUGUACUUGUUUGCUAGCGGUAAAUCUGAGCAGGGUAUGGAGGUGCUAGGCCAUGCUUUGGUUCUGAAUCCAGAAAGUAUAAGUUUAGUUCUUUUGGUCUCUGGCCAGUACGAAAGCUCCAGCGAUAUUGAAAAAAUCAAAGAGUCCUGGAAUAGACUUAUUGAUAGGCUGACAAAACACUAUGACAGCGAGGAAAAUGAGAAAACAAAAGCCACACUUGGCCAGUGCAUCACGUGUGUGUAUUCGUUGCUCAUGAAGGCUUGUCGCCGAGCAGCAGGCAUGAAGGAAGCGCGUAGCAUUUUUUCUGUUGCACGAAAAUUCAAAGGUGUCACAUGGCACAUUUUUGUCGAUUAUGCAAUGAUGGAGCACCAGAAUAGCGAUCUGAAGAUUGCCUUGCGGUGUUUUGAGCUUGCCAUGAAGUAUUUUGGAAAGGACUAUGCUUUUGUUGAGACGUACUUAAACUUUUUGCUUUCGAUGAACGAUCUGGGCAACUCCAAGAAACUGUUGGAACAGUCCAUCGAAAAUUUCAAAGACAAACGCUCAACUCUGGAGAAAGUGUACCGACGUUUCUAUCGGAUUGAACUGGAAUUUGGAGACACCGAUUCAAUCCGCACGCUCGAGAAACGGUAUAGAGAAGCUUUCCCUGACAGCAACGAGUUCCAAUUUUUGUCAAAAUCUUUUGGUGAAUUCAAUGCAAUCAAGCUGCUGGAUGAGUAUACAUUGACAGGAAAAGAAGAGGCGCUCGACAACGUUGCCGAAAUUAAGUUGAAGGAAAUUGAAAUGCCUGAAAUUGAGCCAUUCGCUGUGCGAGAUGAGAUCUACAACCUGCUUAGAUACUUGCCGAAGUCAGAAUACUACGACGAUAAACCGCCCGUGUUUGACGUGAAAAAGAGCGUGCAAUUUUUCAGAAACAUAAAAUUGACAUAACUAAUACUACAUCGUCCGCUUGGAUAUCAUUGGUGCUCAGGUACUUGGCUCAACGCGAUACUGUACUUCUUGACGAGAUGCUCGUCCAGCAAUUGAAAGUUUCUUGUGUUCGCCUUGUAAGCGAUAUUGAUGAAGUCGCCGACAAAUGGAAUCAGACCUAUCAAAAAGUCUAUCAAGACGUUGAAGGCCAUUUUGAUUGCUACCGUGUCUGGCAACCCGCCCUCGAUUUCUUUGGCUUUCCUAAUAAGGACUAGCGAAAAAAACAAAUUGAUCAAGUCGCCAACCAUUGGUAUGAACCCUAUGAUUGCUCCGUAUCCAAAUUUGAUGCCUGCCACGCUAAAGCAUUGGUCCAGGUGAUAUGCUCUAUCUCUAACUGACUUUAGGGUCUUGCGGUCACGGGGUGUGUACUGCGAUGGUAUGUUCUUCCGUCUUUUUGCUCCCUUACGCUGCCAGAACUUCAGCUCGUUAGGCGGGAUUAUCUCGUUAUAAGGAUCCUCAUAGGGUCCCACAUGAACUAGGUCUGAUAAUCCUGUCUAGAAGUUAGAGUCUCUGAUGAAGACAGAACACUCACCUUUUUCAGCAACACCUUGUAUAGCAGCCCGCUCAUAAUUCAAGUGAUUGAAUACGGGAGUUUGCGUAGUUUUCGAAAGCGCAACCGAGCUGUUUUAUAUCUGCAUUGA